CCCAACGCGACACUAUACCCAUCAUGUUUGCUACACGACCUUCUGCAUUCCGGGCAUUCGCCCAGCAAUGUCCUCGGAGUACCUUCUCUUCGAAUUUCCAGACCUCAAGUCCAGUAUGGCGAUUUUUCUCGUACAGUGCUCCGCGAGCAAAGGCCGCCGUUAAGGCUAAGAAGCCCGUCGCACCACAGCCUAAGGUCCAGGAGCCGGCCGAAGAUACAUUGAGAUUCGCGGGCAGACGGCCUGCGGGCUCAGGCCGAUUAGCUGCUAAAGUCGCAAAAGAACCUAAGGGAGAAUUGAUGCUGUUCCAAGCGCCCUCGCACCGCAGCUACGUACUAGGCGCCUACGGUAUCACGGCUUUUUGCUUCGCGUACUCGGUGUAUAACAGCAAUAUCACCUUCCGCGACCCGAUCGCACCUCUCCCCAUGUGGCAGAAGGUAACAUUUGGAAGUAUUUGUGUCAUGAUGAGUGUGAUGGGCACCGUCUUCAUGGCCAAAACGAACAAGUUGAUCAGGACCGUCAAAGCUGUCAACAAGAAUGGGGAGGCCUACAUUCGGUUCACGGUUCGCAGCUUCAUCCCAUUUCGCAAACCGUAUGAAUUCGACGCUCUGCCUCGCCAGGUUGCCUUCGCCCGUCGUUUGGUGAUUUCCCCUGAUGCUGCUAGUAAGAGAAGCACGAUCCAGCAGAGCGCCCAAGUGAGCUUCUUCAGACAACCGUUGAAGAAGAUGAGUAUGAUGUUCUACAAGACAUUUCGGGCGAUUCGUCAGCUGUUCACCGGCGAGGAUUUUAUCCUCAUAGAAGUGGAUGGUCAAAAGGGUGAAUUCCGCAUGGAUGCGGCUGGGUACGUCUCGCAGGACUUCUUGUCCGUCGGCAACCCGGUGACUGUGAGACGCUAGAAGUGAGUUCUCGACCUGUACGAUAUUUUCCUCUUGAUGUCUCAAAUACUUAACCGUUGUUCCUUACUUUGUCACUGCUAUACGCUGGGCUCAUGUUUUGGGGCUGCGCAUUUCUUACUUAACCCCACCGCUGCCUCCUACUACCAUGUACAUAUUGUAGAAACUAGCAUUC